UCCAUGGCAUCUUCUUCUGUGAGUACUUCACAGUAUUCCCCUCAAUGGAAGUACAUUGUAUUUCUAAGUUUUAGAGGUAAAGAUACCCGUCAAACAUUUACGGGCCACUUGUUUAAAGGUUUGAAUAACAGGGGAAUAUUCACUUUUCAAGAUGAUAAAAGGCUAGAGUAUGGCGAUUCGGUCCCAAAAGAACUCAUGAAAGCUAUCAAAGAGUCUAAAGUUGCCCUUGUUGUAUUCUCAAAGAAUUAUGCUACAUCGAGGUGGUGCUUAGAUGAACUAGUGAAAAUCAUGGAAUGCAAGGACAAAAAUGGACAAACAGUCAUACCAAUCUUCUAUGAUGUGGAUCCAUCACAUGUUCGAAACCAAAGGGAGAGCUUUGCAGAAGCAUUUUCCCAACACGAAUUGAAGUAUAAGGAUGAUUGUGAGGGGAUGCAGAAGGUGCAAGGGUGGAGAACUGCCCUAACUGCGGCAUCAAAUUUAAAAGGAUAUGAUAUCCGUGAUGGGAUUGAAUCUGAGAAUAUUCAGCAGAUCGUCGAUCACAUCUCCAAAUUAUACAAGAGUGCAUAUUUUUUAUUUUCUUCGCAAGCUGUGGGAAUAGAUACUCAUAUAGAGAAAGUAGAGCACCUACUUGAGAAAGAAAUGGAUGAUGUUCGGAUUGUAGGGAUCUGGGGAAUGGGCGGAAUAGGUAAAACGACAAUAGCAACAACAAUCUUUCAUAAAUAUAAUCUAUCUGGUCAAUUUGAAGCUGCUUGUAUUCUUGAUGAUGUUAAAGAAAAUGCCAAAAAGAAUAGAUUGUGCUUUUUACAAAAUAUCCUUCUUUCUGAACUAUUAGGAGAAGAAGAUAAUUACGUCAAGAGUAAGCAUGUGGGGAAAGUCAUGAUUCCGAGCAGACUUUGUUCUAAGAAGGUGUUAAUUGUGCUUGAUGACAUAGAUCAUAGUGAUCAUUUGGAGUAUUUAGCAGGUGAUCUUUGUUGGUUUGGUAAUGGAAGCAGAGUUAUUGUAACAACUAGAAAUAGAGAUCUGAUAAAGAAUGAUAAUGCAAUAUAUGAUGUGUCUACGCUACCUGAUCAUGAAGCUAUGCAAUUGUUCAAUCAACAUGCUUUCAAAAAAGAAGCUCCAAAUGAGCUUUUUAUGAAUCUCUCCUCGGAGGUAGUAAAUCAUGCUAAAGGCCUUCCUUUAGCCCUCAAGGUGUGGGGUUCUUUGUUGCAUAACAAAGGAUUAAGUCGGUGGGAAAGAACUGUCAUCAAAAUAAAGAAAACAUCUAGUUUAGAUAUAGUUGAAAAGCUCAAAAUAAGUUAUGAUGGGCUGGAGCCCGAAGAGCAAAAGAUAUUUCUAGAUCUGGCAUGUUUCUUUCGAGGAUAUACAAAAAAAGAAGUCAUACAAAUCCUUGAGAGCUGUGAUUUUGAAGUUGAGUAUGGAUUGGAUGUCCUAAUUGAUAAAUCUCUCGUGUUCAUCUCCAAGAUUGAUAGGAUUGAAAUACAUGACUUGAUGCAAGAUAUGGGUAGAUAUGUGGUGAAAUUGCAAAAAGAUUCGGGAGAACCUAGCAGACUAUGGAAUGCUGAAGAUUUCAAUGAAGUGAUGGUCAACAAUAUGGGGAGCAUGACAGAAGCAAUCUGGUUUACUUAUUUUGAACAAAUAUGCUUUAAUAAAGAGGCAAUGAAAAAUAUGAAAAGGCUUAGGAUAUUAUACAUAGCCAAUGGCAGGCUAAACCGCUCCUCCUCAUCCCACUCUCCGAUUGAUUUAAAAUACAUUACCCGCGGCUCCAUUGAGUGCUUGCCCAACAACCUGCGGUGGUUUUUUUGGAACAACUAUCCUUGGGAGUCAUUGCCAAAAAUUUUUGAACCUCAAAGGCUUGUUCAUCUCUCUCUCAGGGGGAGUUUGCUGCAUGAUCUAUGGACAAAAAGAAAGGAAUUUUUGCCGUCUCUACGCUGGCUAGAUCUCAGCUUCUCCAGUAGGCUAGUGGGAACACCAGAUUUUACGGGGAUGCCAAAUUUGGAGCGUUUGAAUCUGGAGGAAUGUAGGAGUCUUAAAAAAGUUCACCCUUCUCUGGGAAAUUGCAAAAAACUCAUUAAGUUAAGUUUGUAUCGUUGUGAAAGCCUUGAGAGGUUUCCAUGCAUUAACGUGGAGUCUCUUGAACAUCUGAAUCUAGAGGAAUGCUUUAGAUUGGAGGAAUUUCCAGAAAUCAUUGGAAGAAUGAAGUUGGAGUUAAAGAUUAAGGUGAAAUGCAUUGGGAUAAGAGAAAUACCAUCAUAUAUUAUUCAACACCAAGCACAUCUUACAGAGCUAGAUUUGUCAGACAUGGAAAAACUUGUAGCUCUUCCAAGCAACAUUGGCAUGUUGAAAGGUUUGGUGAAGCUAGAUGUCUCGUUAUGCUCAAAACUUGGAAGCUUGCCAGAAGAGAUAGGUGAUUUAGAGAACUUGGUGAAACUUGAUGCCAGCUAUACUCGAAUUUCACAACCUCCGUCUUCCAUCAUCCGCUUGAACAAUCUUAUAGUCUUGAGUUUUGAAGGACUAUGCUUAGAAGAUGGAGAGUACUUUGUGUUCCCUCGGGUGAAUGAAGGGUUACGCUCAUUGAAAAUUCUGAAUCUCAAUUUUUGCAAUAUAAUAGAUGGAGGACUUCCGGAAGACAUUGGAUGCUUAUCAUCUUUGAAAGAGCUGCAUCUCAGUGGAAAUGAUUUUGAACAUUUGCCUGGAAGCAUUGCCCAACUUGGUGCUCUUCAAACCUUGUACUUAACAUAUUGCGAAAGGAUUACACAGCUGCCAAAAUUUCCAGAGCACUUAAAUACAAUAUUUGCAGAUUGGAGCAGUGAUUUGAUCAGUAAUUCGUUGUUUCAGAAUAUCUCAUCAUUGCAGCAGCAUGACAUCUCUGCUUCAGAUUCCUUGUCACUAAAAGCACUUAUGAGUCGGGUGGAGAAUAUCCCAAGUUGGUUCCACCAUCGGGGAUUUGAUAAAAGUGUAUCAGUCAAUUUGCCUGAAAAUUGGUACGUACGUGAUAACUUCUUGGGAUUUGCUGUAUGUUACUCUGACAAAUUAAUUGACAUCACAGUUCACUUGAUUCCUUUAUGUGAUGAUGGGACCUCGGGUAUCACCCAGAAAUUUGCCUUAUCCAACCAUUCAGAAUAUAAUCCUAAGAAUUACUCCUGCUAUUUUUUUUUGGUACCACUUGCUGGCUUAUGGGAUACAUGUAAGGCAAAUGGGAAAACACCAAAUGACUAUGUGCUUAUUAGGUUAUGUUUUUCUGGAGAAAUGAAGAAGUAUGGAUUACGUUUGUUGUAUAAAGAUUAUCCUCAGAAACAUUAUGAAACUAAGCUUGAGGCCAUGUUAAAAAUGAAGAAAAAUAAUGAUGAAUCAAUGGUUGGUUGUGCAAUUGUGUUCAUCAAUGGGUGA